CAAAGACGGAAAUAGAAUUGUGACGCUGGCCUUGCUACAAUAAAUAGGAACUUUCCUUUGAUUCCUUAACAGCAAAAUGGAUUGGAGCAAAGGCGGCAAUAAUCACAGCCACAUGCAUGACAGCUGCCACCAUGGACAUUCAGCUCAUUCACACAGUCACGGCCCCAGAGCUGCGGCAUUUGGUGGGAUGGGUCUGCCGAUUAUGCCCACUUCACAUGGACAAGCUGGUAAAAACAUAGAUGAGGCGCUAGACCUCAGUCUCCAGCCGAAGAAACGAACACAUCUGGAUGACAGCAGCAGCUGGGACAUAGUACAGGCAACACAGUUUGGUAUCUUGGAUCGUUGUAAAGAGCUGGUGGAAGCAGGAUAUGAUGUCAGGCAGCCAGACAAGGAGAAUGUGUCGCUGUUACACUGGGCGGCCAUCAAUAAUCGGUUGGAGCUGGUCAAGUAUUUUGUUUCCAAAGGGGCAAUAGUUGACCAGCUCGGAGGAGAUCUGAAUGCUACACCUCUUCAUUGGGCCAUAAGACAGGGCCACCUGCCCAUGGUCAUUCAGCUGAUAAGGUACGGAGCAGAUCCCUCCAUCGCAGACGGAGAAGGUUAUCGCGCUCUUCACCUUGCCAUCCUCUUCCAGCACAUGGCCAUCGCAGCUUAUCUUAUGGCCAAGGGACAGGAAGUAGAUGGACCCGACUGCAAUGGACAGACACCUCUGAUGUUAGCAGCCCAGAAAAUCAUUGGGCCGGAGCCCACUAACUUCUUAAUAAAAAACAACGCUUCCGUUAGUGCUAUGGACAAAGUGAACCGGAACACUCCCCUCCACUGUGCUGUUCUGGCGGGAAACGUCGACGCUGCCUAUGUCCUGCUAGAGGCCGGAGCCAGCUUGGAUCAAGAAAACGUUAAUGGUCACACACCUCUGGACCUAGCACACCAGGUGCACAGCCCCCUGCUCAUCUAUGUGCUCAACCAAGUCAAACAGGAAAGAAUUCACUCCAGCUCACGCUGCUCACGAAUUGUCAACAAAUACAAAGUAUUUUUACAGUUUUUGCUCUGCACUGCCAUGUUUGGGUGCGUCUCUGCCAUAUUGGAUAUGAAUUCAGACUCUUGGUUACUCAAAGCGAUCCUGCUCGGAUGCGUAAUUGGCGCAGUCAGUUUGGCCAUCAGGAAUUUUCCCAGUGCUCUGUUUCAGUCACUUCUACCAGCUACAACUCUCAUGGCCUCUAUUUUCUGGAUGUUCAUCACCUGGUGCCUCUGGUUCCUACCAGAUGGACACAGUGCAACAGUCCAGAUUCUUUUCACUCUCAACUCCACUGCUUUGCUCUACUACUACCUCCGUGUCUGUAGGACCGACCCUGGCUUUGUCAAAGCAACUGAGGAGGAGAAAAAAAUGAAUGUGUUGUUGCUGGCUGAGGCUGGCUGCCUGGACCCCAGUAUAUUCUGCACUUCCUGCAUGAUAAAGAAACCAGUGAGAGCAAGCCACUGCCCUAGAUGUGAUGCCUGUGUAGCAAAGCAGGACCAUCACUCGGUCUGGACCAACACCUGCAUUGGUGCGAGGAACCAUGUCUACUUUGUCCUGUUUCUGCUUUCUCUCAUGCUAAUGGGGUUCUGGAUGUUCUACGGUUGUCUUACGUACUGGUCCACACAUUGCAAGCUGCACUAUGAGGAGCAAGGGCUGGUGGGUGUGGCCUUUGCCAUUGUGGACUGCUCUCCCUGGUUGCUGUGUGUCUUCAUGCUGGUCUUAUACCACACCUGCUGGUCCAGCAUCAUCCUGCUACUACAGCUCUACCAGAUUGCCUUCCUGGGACUAACCACAGCUGAGAGGAUGAACCUGUUGAUGCAUGCAAGAAAACAAAGACAAACAAUAUCCUUGUCACAAAAUCCAUACAAUUUGGGCGUAUUUAGGAACGUGGUGUCCUUCUUCAAGCUGCGAUGCUGCGGCUUCUUCAAGCCUGCCAUUAUCGACUGGACGCAGCAGUACCCGCCAGGCCGUGACCAACGCUUGUUCAGAAACACUGACAUGGUGUAGCCGCCCCAAUGCUCAGGAUCAAUGGAGAGACCUUUACAGCGGCUCUGGACCAAAAAGCACAGUGUACUUAUUUAUUUUUUUAACUGAUCGGAUCAUUAUGAAGUGAAAACACACCAGUGGACUUGAGGGGAAAAAAAAAAACAAAAAAGAAUCAUAUUGAUAUUUUAGCUUUUUGUACAGCCUGCUGCUGCCUUUUUGACUGUAAGUCAAACAAAUCACUUUCAAUUGUAUUGAGAAAAGGUUAAGCACAUGAAGCGUAUUUUUUAAACAUGUCCUCUGAAAGUAAAGAUCUUUUUACGUGCUAAGUCUGUUUUGUAUGAAUUGCAUGUGUUUCAUAAUGAAAUACCACUAUGAUACGCCAAUAAAGCAACCUGU